UUUUUCUCAACAGACAACAAAACUUUUCCUGCAUCAUUUACUUUGUUUUCUUCAAGCUCCUCCCUCUUCAUUGUCCUUCAAAGAUUAGGCCUUUUCUAGCAACAGAACCAAAUGGAGUUUUAUGGACAUUCAAGGAGGCCUUUUUUUAUUGAAGAAGAUGAUGGCUUGGCUUCUCUUACAACUAUGGAAGCUGGAUAUUCGGGAAGCCAUUACCAAGUUCAUAUCCAAAAUGGGUUUUUUUCAACACCCUUUUGUUAUUCAAAGAGGAGCAGUUUAAGGAACCUGUCUUCCUCUUGUUUGGUUUCUUCUUCUAGGUAUGCCAGGUUUUUUUAUGGCAGAUUUGAGGACCAUCAACCCCAUUUCUUGGAUGCUUGUUUCCUUUGCAAGAAAUCUCUUAGGGGCAACAGAGACAUCUUCAUGAACAGAGGGGACACACCUUUCUGCAGUGAAGAAUGCAGGCAAGAACAGAUAGAUAUGGAUGAAGCCAAGGAAAACAAUUGGAACCUUUCUUCCUCGGCAAAAGCGUUGAGAGAGAAAGAUCAAAGACAACCUACAUCUCCAACCAAAUCCCAAGACUAUCCUUUCCUAACAGGCACUGUUGCAGCUGCCUGAGUCAACUAGCAAAUGAAAUAAGCACAAUAUCUACCAUAUAAAUAAAUCAGUAGCUAUGGAAAAUGGAGACCCAUGAAGAAGAAACCUAUAUUGAGGGGUCC